UGUCCAGGAGCCUGAGGUCGCCUGAGCCAUCCCUGCCACUUCCACGCUCGCCAUGGGCCUGGGUCCCCGGCUGCUGCUACCGCUUCUGCUUUGCCUGGGGCUCAGCGCACUCGUGUCUUCGGGCUCMUCGGGCAACCGCAAGCGAGGCCCUUUGGUGACAGCCAAGGUCUUCUUUGAUAUAAGGAUUGGAGACAGAGAUGUGGGCAGAAUUGUGAUUGGCCUCUUYGAAAAAGUUGUGCCCAAGACAGUGGAAAAUUUUGUCACUCUGGCAACAGGAGAGAAAGGAUAUGGAUAUAAAGGAAGCACCUUUCAUCGUGUCAUCAAGGAUUUCAUGAUUCAAGGAGGCGACUUCACUGCGGGAGAUGGCACUGGUGGUUUUAGUAUUUACGGUGAGACAUUUCCUGAUGAGAACUUCAAGCUGAAGCACUAUGGUAUUGGGUGGGUCAGCAUGGCCAAUGCUGGGCCUAACACCAAUGGUUCCCAGUUCUUUAUCACCUUGACCAAGCCCACCUGGUUGGAUGGCAAACAUGUGGUAUUUGGAAAAGUCCUCGAUGGGAUGAGCGUGGUGCACUCCAUAGAGCUCCAGGCAACUGAUGAGCAUGACCGUCCUCUCACCAACUGCACCAUCACCAACAGUGGCAAGAUAGAAGUGAAAACACCCUUCGUGGUUGAGGUCACAGACUGGUGACACAACCGAUAGAAAACAAGGAAUGCACCUGGCAGGGUGUGUGUGUAUGUGUGAACAGUAUGUGUGUGCACGUAUUGUCUGCCCAUCUGCCUUUAAUUCUUCAGUUAYUGUUUUGCUUUGCUUUUUACUUUCUUUUAAUUUCCACUCCAGGAAAGAUUUAAAAACCAACCACUCUUAAGUUUAGUUUGUAUGAAUYUGUGGUAAAUCACCUAUUUAGGAACUCUGAACUGAAAAGACACAUCCACUUCCUUCCAUGGUGCUGUUUUUAAAUUAGAAAACUUUGUAUUGGCUAUUUAUUUUUAAGAACACACUCAGUUGUUCGUUUGUUUUUGUUAAAUUCAUUGUUAUCUGUAUGUUAGGUGAAACUGAAGUUUUAUUUGAAAAAGAUGAAGACAUGAAGUUUAUUUUUCUGUAUUCAAAUAAUUCUUUUCUUAAAAGGAAACUUGAUUAGUAUAAUCUGAUAUAUGUCUUGGGGAUUUUUGCCUGAGAAAAGGUGCUUUUGUGUUCUCUAUAUUAAAUACUUUUUAUAUGCAUUAA